AUGGCAGAGGCGGAUAGCCGGAAGAAUGGGAAACGGGGGGAAUUUAACAAAUGGGCUUUUUGCCUGAGUAAAUAUGGGCCGUCCAGAGCGGGUUUUGGAGGAAGCGAAGAAAGAAGGAUGAUCGAGGUGGUUCUGAACGAUCGGCUGGGGAAGAAGGUCCGGGUGAAGUGCAACGAAGAUGACACCAUCGGAGACCUGAAGAAGCUGGUGGCGGCGCAGACCGGUACUCGCGCCGAGAAGAUCCGUAUCCAGAAGUGGUACAAUGUCUACAAAGAUCAUAUCACCCUUAAGGACUAUGAAAUUCACGACGGCAUGGGCCUCGAGCUCUACUACAAUUGA